CCCCUCGGUAGUGGGGACUUCUCUUCCCGUUACCACAUCAGGGCAGGGUGGGCAUCAUGGCGGCCAAUGCUCUCCAUCAACACCCGGCUCAGCUCAGAAAGUUCUAGUGCUGGGCAGGGUGGGUGGAGAGGGGUGUGUGGAAGCUCUGAGGUACACUCCUCCUCCCACUUCUCCACAGACCAGUACUGGUGUUUGUGGUAAACUCAGAAACACGGGAGGUGGCCAAAAAGAGGAAGAGGACCCUGCCAGGUUCCCAGCCUCUAUAAAACAGGCUGUGGAGAGAGCCUGGGCAGCUGCCUCAAAAUGACCUCCUGGGUUGUCCUGCUCAUCGCCUCGGUGCUCCUGGUCUCCCCAGGGCUGGCCUUUUCCGGUCUGACUCCUGAGAGCCAUGACCAGGCGACGGCCCAUCUGUGUGAUGGAGACGAGUUGUGCCAGGGCCUGGCCCCGGAGGAUCCCCAGGGUGACCUGGUGCUCCAAAGAGAGGAGCUGAACCAAUUCUGUGGUCCGUGUCAGAAGAUAAUGCAGAUGUUGAAGUACAUGGUGGGAAAUAGGCCCAGCAAGAAUGUCAUCAUCCAUGUGACCUCCAAGGUGUGCAGCAAGAUGGGGCUGUGGAGCAUCCUUUGCAAGCAGAUGAUGAAGAACUAUCUCCAUCGCAUCUCUAAGGACAUCAUGGCUAGGAAGACGCCUCAGGCCAUCUGUGUGGACAUCAAGUUGUGCAAGCUCAAGGCAGGUCUCAUCUGAGCCCCCGGAUCCCCCAACCCCACCUUGGGGAAGAAGCACAGAAACUCAAGCAUCCUUGAUCAGCUCCUUCCUUCCUGAAUCCAGGAGUCUUCCCUCUAGUUUCUCUCAUCUAACUCCUUCCACUGCCUUCCCCGCUCAGGAGAAUAAAAUAU